UUGAGCUGAGGCUUUCACCUGACGGCAGGAACGUGUUGGCGGUGCACUCACAGCCAGGCAUCACUCUUCACGUUGCAAAGAUGAAGGGAGUCCCACGCAAAACACAAUUCUUCAAUGGAUGAUCCUCAAAACUUCGCUUCCUUCGAAGCACACCCACCAGCUUAUACGAGUACAUAACCCUCACUCAAUCUGAAGCUGUUCCUCAUCGCUCCAUCACAGUGGCACCUACUUUGCGGCUUUACUUGAGCUCGAACUCGUUACACCUUUCUUGCAACCAAUUUGCAGUCGGCCUUGCAAUUCUAGAGUGUCUUCCUGUCAUUCUUCUGUCAUCGCCUUCUCAAGAGCCGCAUACGUGAGACAAUCACCAUGCCUGUCACGUCCAGGCUCCCGACGAUGCCUGAGAGUAUAAUUGGCAAUAAGGACUUUCAGGCCCAGAUCCCUCGAUUCAAGCCUGGAAAGUUCAGGCGUACGAUUUCACCUGGAGCAAGCCGUCUGACGCGUGCUCAAUCGCAUCGCGCCCAAUCCGAGUCUCUUCUGCUCAACAAGCUGCCUCUUGAAGUCAGACUGGCGAUCUGGGAGUGUGUCUUUGGCAGAAGUGUGGUCACCAUUGCCCGCAAAAAGAAGCGAAUCGGUCAUCAAGUGCGUGUGCGUCCGCUCUAUAUCUGGGAGAUUAAGAAGCGCGAGCCAUUUUCGAGAGGUAGUAAGCUUGCGGAUUGGAGCUUGACUUCCCUGCUGCGGACUUGUCGCCAAGUGUAUAUUGAGGCUGUCAACAUCCUAUAUGGCACUAUCACUUUCCACUUUGAGCACCCCUGGGCCUUGAUGUUUCUCUACGAGACGAUAUUGCCUAAACGAUGGGAGCGCAUUCGCAAAGUGGAACUAGUCUUCAGCUUUAUGCACUGCUUCCAUGAAAGCACGAACAACUGGAUACAUUCCGACCAACCACCUGAUGACAAGGAGACGUUUGAGACGAUGUGUACGGAGAUCAUGCAGAUAAAGAGCCUUGAGAGGUUUGUGCUUGUCAUGGAGAUUGCCUGGUGCAGUGACAAUGCAGUUACCUCCCUCCAAGCGACGAAGAACCUGGCCGAAUCCAAAGGUCUCUCGAAUAUACUCAAGCCGCUACGAGGACUUCGCCUUAACAAGGGGCGUCCUUGGACACUCGUGAUUCCCAUCUGGUACGUUGACAACGGCAAAGUGGAGACCAAGGUGCUUGAGAAAGGCCUGACGGACGCUGGUUUUGUCUGCUGUGUCAAAGCACCGCAGGACAUCAUGCCCCAAUGUGAACCGGUGGAAUGGUAGGGAAUUGACGGGGCUGAAUGCGCAUUUCUGCACUCACAUGAUGGAGCUUUCCAGCCAAACGGUCCGAGUAAGAGGACUAACCCUGACAAUGCGAUGAGAAAAAGCGUGAAAUUCGAGGUGACUCCACCGUCGUGAUGACGGGUCCUAUAUCACGAUUGCUUCUUUCUUUGUCUUUUCUUUCUCUCUUCUACUGUCUUCUUUCCCUUCUCUCUUUGAAUGU